GGAACGGAAGUGCUCAUCACUUCCUGUGCUUUGUGAUGAAAGAGGCCCGGUUCGCAGGUCCACUCUAAUUUUUGAAUAGAAUCCGACUUGAGUCGGAGCCAUCAGAACCGUAAACAUGACGGUGGGGAAGAGCAGUAAGAUGCUGCAGCACAUCGACUUCAGGAUGAGGUGCAUCCUUCAAGACGGACGAAUCUUUAUAGGCACCUUCAAAGCCUUUGACAAACACAUGAACCUGAUCCUCUGUGACUGCGAUGAGUUCAGGAAGAUCAAGCCAAAGAACACUAAGCAGCCAGAACGUGAGGAGAAGAGGGUUUUGGGUCUGGUUCUACUGAGGGGGGAGAACCUGGUGUCCAUGACGGUGGAGGGCCCACCCCCAAAAGAUACUGGCAUUGCCCGGGUCCCCCUGGCGGGCGUGGCCGGAGGUCCAGGUGUGGGUCGGGCGGCGGGACGCGGUGUUCCUGCUGGAGCUCCAAUGCCUCAGGCUCCAGCUGGACUUGCAGGGCCAGUUCGGGGGGUGGGUGGGCCCUCACAGCAGGUGAUGACCCCACAGGGCAGAGGGACGGUUGCUGUGGCAGCAGCAGGAGCCAGCAUUGCUGGGGCACCGACACAGUAUCCUCCUGGACGAGGAGCUCCUCCCCCAAUGGCCCGGGCUGCACCCCCUCCAGGUAUGAUGGGUCCGCCCCCUGGCAUGCGACCCCCGAUGGGCCCACCAAUGGGAAUGCCUCCUGGUCCAGGUCGUGGCGCUCCCAUGGGAAUGCCCCCUCCAGGCAUGAGGCCACCUCCCCCUGGAAUGAGAGGACCACCCCCUCCUGGGAUGAGGCCACCCCCCAGACCCUAAAGAAGCUCCACCCUCUCUCUUGGCUGAUGUAUAGUUUCUUUUUUUUACCUGUUUUCUGUUUUAAAUAAAGUUUUCUGAUUGUC